AUGUUAAAGUCACUGGGUGAGGAUCAGAACACUACAACCCUGCACCCCUUUGGGAACAUGAAAGACAAACCAGAGCAGCUGCCUGGUCCUCAGGACAGAUUUCCAGGGUGGGGUCAGUGUCAGGCAGAAGACAAGCAUUGGGCCUCCUGGCCCUCCCGGCUGCCUGAGCUUGCAGGUGAGUGCAGCAAGGAUGUACAGAAGAUGGGGUCCAGGUCCUCAGAAAGAUUCUCUCAGGAGGACUCCGAAAGGGGCAAAGAAGACAAGGACCCGCUCAGGGAUCCAGGACAAGAUCUGAACAGGGUCCCAGAAGAUCCCUGCAGAAGUUCAAGAAAUAUCUCAGUGAACACUCAGGUGGAUCAGGAGGGGGCAGAUAGUGACUUUGUCAGGCUCCAGAGGUGUAAAUCAGGAAAUUACCUACCCAGGAGCCCAGAGCAGCAACGUGUUGAUAACACUGUGAAAUCGCAUCUGGACCAAAUGUUGGGGGAGACGAGCAAGGGCAUGGUCCCUAUGCACGCGCAUCAGUCCUGGCUUACUGCCAGCCAUGCUGUUCCCAAGUCUGACACCCAGACAAAAUCCAGAGACCAAGCACUCUCAAGCGGUCAGAAAUGUCAUGUAAACAACUCCCAGGGGCUUUUCUUCCUUGAUCCAUGCAUUCAGCAGGUUCUAGAAAUAACAUAUGAUAAGGUUUCAGUGAGGCACAGGUGGGGUUCAACCCUCCAGUUCCUGGAGCCCAUAACGCUCAAGUCUCAACCUCCACCACUUACACCCUCCACCAUUCCCUCCUUAGACUUCAGUGACUGCGGGGACAAAUCUACAGGCAAGUUUGCCAAUUACUUGGGAGACAUCCUUGAAAAGGUGUAA